UCGACGUGGCGUUUGCUUUUUACUGUUACGAAGUCUUUGAAAUAAUCUAACUGAUUGGGUGAGACUGUUAAAGGAGUGAUUAUGGCCAGCUGGUUUACUGGGUUGGCUGGAAAGGCGGAAGCUUUGUUGGAACGUGUCGAUCAAACAGCAGCAGACACGCUUAAGACUCCAAGAAAAGAAACGUCGAAUAAAGUGACGAGAGCGGUAAAGAGUAGCAACAGAACGUUUUCUCUGGAAGGGGCGGGGACUGGCUUAUCCGGGGUUUCUUCUACUAUUCAGUCAACAUUACCGCGGGUGGCAAGUGAAGGCUUUUUGAACAGAGACUCGCGGGAGGGACGAGGGGAACGAAAAUCGCCGUUACAGACGGCAAACUUAGCAGCAUCACUAACCAGACCAAAGUCAUCUCAACAGCUACAGAACGUGGCUGUAACUGAUGAGCAACUGUUUGAGUUUUUGAAUGCUCCUGGAGAUUCAAGACAAACACGAAAGUCUUCACUGGAUUCUACAAUCUUAGUUGAUAGUAGAGAGACACUAAAUCCUGUGAAAUUGGAAUUGACAUCAAUGGAAGUAUCUGUUGAUUCCAAUAGGGAAGAUAUCGUAGAUGGUCCACCAGGUGGACAAACACAAGCAUCAACAUCAAUGACAUCAAGUGUUGAGCAGGGAUUAAGAGAGCAGGUAUCAAAUUUGGAAUUGGAGAACAGAUUGUUGAAAAGAGAAGUCACUUCGUUGAAUCAGGAGCUGACAAAUGUCGCUGAUCGAGCGAGACAAGCAGAAAAGACAAUGACGGAUUUGAGGAAGCAACUUGAUUCAAAUAGACAAACAUCCUAUCGAAGUGACAAUCUAGUAAGAGAAUUACAAGGUCGUCAUGAUGAUCUUGUUGAAACAUUGGCUGCACGAGAUUCACAGAUUGCUGUUUUAAGAGUGAAGCUUCAAGAAGCUGAUGAAAAGUCAGAUUCAAAUCUUCAGAAGAUUGAGUCUCUAAAGGUACAGAAUGAGCGAGUCUUACAAGAUCACUCUGAUUCUCAUGGAGUACAGCAUCAGGUUCUAGAGGAACUGAGACAGAAACUGGAAGAGGCAGAGAACGGCUUGAAGGGGGAACGUGCCGCUUUGUUUGCUGCUCAGACUCAAAAUGUCCAACAACAAACUCAGAUGGAAAGUGAACGACGACAGUUGACUGAUAGUCUCAGAGAAGCACAGCAGAAGCUAACUGAAGAGAGACGUCGUGUUAACGAGCACAGUCAAGCUAUAAAGAAUGCUCGUACUGAUGCUGAUUCUUCAAGAAAGGAGUUGAGUGAAUAUAAACAAAAAGCACAGCGAAUAUUACAGUCUAAAGAUCAACUUAUCAAUGAACUGAAAAGUGGAUCCAGCAGCAACGAUGCAAGUGUAUCAUCAGUAGCAAUAGUGGCAGAAGUAGAGCAGGUAAAGAAAGAGAGAGAUCUGUUGAGUGAGGAAGCACGAGCUUGUCAGUUGCAGUUAGAUCAUGUUAGGAUGGAACUACAGGACGCUGAACAGCAGCAUCAGCUUGAAAUGGAUGAGAAAAGUGAGAGGGUGACAGAGCUUGAGGAGCUGUUGGAUGCCGAGAGAAGGCAAAGGGAAGUGACAGAACAGGAGUCUGCACGUAGACUACAGGAAGUAGAAUACACACAGACAGAGGUGUUCAGAGAGAAAACAGUAUUACGUAGUCAGCUCCAGGAACGAGACACUGAAAUACACAAACUAAGGAGUCAGUUGACAACUCGUGCUACGGUGUCUGUGAGUCAGUCAGAGUUGGAGUCUAGGAUCCACUCUCUGACAGAGAAUCUCAUACAGAAGCAGACAGUGAUUGAAGCUCUGACAUCAGAGAAGAUGUCACUCUCAAUGCAACUGGAGAGAACGCAACAUGAUUUGACAAAAGCGCAAGCUGAAAUGAAGCCUAUAAAUGGACCAACAGUCCUACAGGGAUUUGUUGAAGACAGUGGCACUGCAAAAAUGCGACCGAUGUCAUCUAUUCUAUCAUCUGAUGUGGUCACUUCAGACCAAGAGACCAAGUUUAGACAAGGAGUUCGAAAAGCUGCCAAUACAGUCGAUCGCUUUAGCAUCCGGUUUGGCCGUUUUCUUCGAGUGUACCCAAGUGCCAGGGUAUUUCUCCUGGUCUACAUGCUGGUGCUUCACCUGUGGGUGCUGUUCAUUCUAUUGACGUACAGUCCAGAAAUACAUCAAAUGACAAUAUAAGUAAUCGAGGUUAAUACAGAUGUAUUCACAUAGUAAAUACAAUUGAUGUCAAGACAA